CCAACGGAAGCGAACCUUGCGUUCGCCUCCUCCCUGUCGCCCAUGCUUCAGGACAUUCGGCAGCGGCCCCACCCCUGCUGUGGAUCAUCGAAAGCAAUCCAGCUGCCCUAUCGCCGUCGACAACAUCUUAUGCGCAGCCUAUAAAGCAGCAACCACCGUCCAUUGCGCACUGUGGGCUUCGCGGCUGUGCCACUACACAGCCCGCUAACCCGUUCAUCCUGAUCAUGCAGGUUAGUAGUUCGUAUCAAGCACCUACUAAAAAAUCAAGUGAUUACUUUUUGGUGCAGCUGCCAAGCCCACAGUGCUGCCUUUUACUUAUUUCUGAAUGUAUCGAUGUCAUACGCGCCUUGCUACUGCUAUCGGGGGAUGUAGAGACAAACCCCGGCCCUGACAAAGUCGUCCUCGACGAACUGAGAAAGUUGUCUGCCGGCCAGGCCACACUAAUAUCUGAGAUGCAGAGCCUCAAAACCCAGCUAACAAGCACAACCAACACUAUCGCUAAUCUAAGCACCCGCCUCACAGACUUAGAAAAUCAUUGCCAAAAUCUUCUAGCUCUCCGAACAGAAGUAGACGCCCUUAACUCUAAGACCGGCCAACUAACCCAUCGUAUGUGUGACAUUGAAGAGCGCCUUGACGACCUCGAGAACCGCUCCCGACGCAACAACUUGAUAUUCUACGGUUUUCCUGACACCAACCCGAAGGAAACAUACGCUCAAUCGGAACAAAUAAUCAUUGACCACUGUCUUAAAUGCUUUGGUCUUACAGUCGUGACUAAAGACAUAGAGCGUGCGCAUCGUCUAGGACGUUACAGCACUAACCGGAAACGACCCAUUAUCGUUAAGCUUUCAUCUUUCAAAACUAAAGAAUCUAUCCUUUCGAACGGCCCAAAACUAAAAGGCACAAACCUCAGCAUUGGCGAAGACUUCACGCGUCCAGUUCGAACUGCACGGAAACAACUUGUUACCUUUGCUAGGAGCAAAUCCGUGCCAUUUUCAUUACGCUUCAAAACCCUGCACAUUGGAGACCAGCGAUAUAUUUUUGACAGUGCGGCAGGAAUUGUCAGAGCCGUAUCGUAGGGAUCAUGUCGCCGUCAGCAAGCACGCCAUCAGCCCCGUACAAACGCAAAAGCAAACCUUUCAUUUUCUGUACUUUACACUAACAUACGUAGUUUUCUUCCCAAACGCGUGCUCCUGUCUAAUCAAAUGCAAUCGUCCGGCAGUAGUGUACUGAUACUAACAGAAACAUGGCUCAGUGACGAUAUUUCAGAUACAGAGGUACUGGCCGACUUGCCAAAUUUUAACGUCUUUCGUCACGACCGCAAAAACGCACGUGGCGGCGGCGUACUCAUCGCCACUAAAAAAGAACUAUCAUGCUCUCUAAUCAACACAUCUUCGUCACUAGAAUCACUAUGGGUAUUAUGCCGUGCCCCUCCCGAAGCAAUAAUACUUGGCGUAUGCUAUAGGCCCCCUCGAACUGAUCCAGAUUUCGCCCCGCAAACUUAACGAAAUAUUAUCUCAGCUUACAAAUAAACACCCUAACGCACAUAUUCUGCUUUAUGGGGAUUUCAACUUUCCCACCAUUAAUUGGCUCAAUCAGGCUUCUCCAACUUCAGGAAAUACUGAAGCAAGGGAAUUUGUGGAUGUUUGCCUCAACUUUAACCUUAUCCAACAGUUAACUAAACCAACGCGCGUCACUAAUGAAUCCUCAAACAUUUUAGACCUAAUACUAACAAAUAGCCCCGAAAGCUUAAAAUCUAUUGCAUACCUGCGCGAAAUCAGCG